AAUUUCCUGUUUCCAGCGCAGUUUGUAACGAUGGACUACAGUUCCCAGACGCUGGGAGGCUCGCUUCGGUUUUGUUUUGUUUCGAGCUUCCUCAAAUUAGACUACAUCUCCCAGAAAUCCGGUGGGUGGGGACUGCCGGCGUAGAUAGCGCACGUGGAAAGAAAGUUGGUGGAAGGCAAAGGAAGUUUUUGAGUCUUUCACUGGUGAGAUUUCUCGAAUCCAGUUAUGCGGCUUUCAGCCUUGCUGGCCUUGGCAUCCAAAGCCACUCUCUCCCCCUACUACCGCUAUGGAAUGAGCCGUCCAGGUUCCAUAGCAGACAAAAGGAAGAAUCCUCCCUGGAGCAGGCGGCGCCCAGUAGUGGUAGAGCCGAUCUCUGAUGAAGACUGGCACCUAUUCUGUGGAGACAUGGUGGAAAUCUUAGAAGGCAAGGAUGCUGGGAAGCAGGGCAAAGUAGUCCAAGUUGUUCGGCAGCGGAACUGGGUUGUCCUGGAAGGAUUGAACACGCAUUACCGCUACAUUGGCAGAACCAAGGAUCACCGAGGGACCAUGAUCCCUAGCGAAGCCCCCUUGCUUCAUCACCAAGUCAAGCUAGUGGAUCCUGUGGACAGGAAACCUACUGAGAUCCAGUGGAGAUUUACUGAGGCAGGAGAGCGUGUUCGUGUCUCUACAAGAUCUGGGAGAAUUAUCCCCAAACCUGAAUUUCCUAGAGCAGAUGGCAUUGUCCCUGAAACAUGGACUGAUGGCCCCAAGGACACAUCAGUGGAAGAUGCUUUAGAAAGAACUUACGUGCCCCGGCUAAAGACAUUAGAAGAAGAUGUGAUGGAGGCCAUGAGGAUCCAGGAGACUCGAAGAUUCAAGAAAAUCUAUUGGUAUUGAGCCUCAAGAGUACUGCUUCACCCUGAAGUCCACCCUUUCUUUCUAGAACACCAAUAAAGAAGCCUUGGGUGCUGCUGCUGUCCA